AUUUCAAUUGACAAAAGAAUUGUGAUCAACUCGUUUAGUGUUUUUGACAAACAUAUUUUACAUUUAUCAAAAAGUUUUAAAACAUUUUGAAGUAAUGUCAUAUUUUUUGUGUUGGAACUCCAAAGUUGCUUUAAAGGUAGUGAAUUCUGUGACGUCUAUGGGAGCAGCGAACACUAACAGAUUUUGGAGCAGAUAUAUGAGUGGAAGAGCAAAAAAAUUAGUUCAUCAAUACGAAUAUGAUUUAAUUGUGCUCGGAGGCGGUUCAGGCGGUUUAGCAUGUGCUAAAGAGGCUGUAGUUAAUGGUGCAAAAGUGGCAUGCCUGGAUUAUGUUAUACCAACUCCAAUCGGCACAAAAUGGGGUAUUGGUGGUACUUGCGUUAAUGUUGGCUGCAUACCAAAAAAAUUAAUGCAUCAAGCAGCGUUACUUGGUGAAUCUAUACAUGAAGCCGAAUCUUACGGUUGGGAAAUUCCAGAUUCACAGAAAAUCAAACCAGAUUGGGGUAAAUUAGUGCAAUCAGUACAAAACCACAUUAAAUCUGUUAACUGGGUGACUAGAGUCGACUUAAGAGAUAAGAACGUCGAAUAUGUUAAUGGAUUAGGCUCUUUCGUGGACCCACAUACAAUUUCAGCAAAACUUAAAAAUGGUAGCGAACGCUUAUUAACAGGACAGAAUAUAGUAAUUGCUGUCGGAGGUCGUCCACGUUAUCCUGAAAUCCCCGGCGCUGAUCUUGGCAUUACAAGUGAUGAUCUGUUUAGUUUAGAUCACGCACCAGGCAAAACACUUGUUGUUGGAGCAGGCUAUAUUGGUUUGGAAUGUGCAGGAUUUCUAAAUGGACUUGGUUAUGACGCGACUGUUAUGGUGCGAUCAAUUGUCUUACGUGGUUUUGAUCAACAAAUGGCAAAUAUAGUCGCUGAUGCUAUGGUAGAACGUGGUAUUAAAUUUCUACACAAAACUAUUCCGAAAGUUGUUUGUAGAAAUGGAAACGGCCGCUAUCUAGUAAAAUAUUAUAACACCGAAACUGAUGUUGAAUCAUCUGAUGAAUUCGACACUGUUUUAUGGGCAAUUGGGCGUAAAGGUUUAGUUAAUGAACUUAAUCUUUCUAACGUUAAUGUAGAAACAAAAGCAGAUAAAAUUAUUGUAAACAAUGCUGAAGAAACAAACGUGCCUAAUAUUUAUGCAGUUGGAGAUAUUAUUCAUGGUAGACCAGAAUUGACACCAGUCGCUAUACACGCUGGUCGUUUAUUAGCGCGACGUAUAUUCGCUGGUUCAACACAAAUAAUGGAUUAUACAGAUGUUGCAACAACUGUUUUCUCGCCAUUGGAAUAUGCUUGUGUUGGCAUGGCUGAAGAAGAUGCUAUUAGGCAACAUGGUGAAGAUAAUAUUGAAGUAUUCCAUGGAUUUUACAAGCCAACAGAAUUUUUCGUACCACAAAAGAGUGUACGUUAUUGUUAUCUGAAAGCUGUUGCUCUACGUAGCGAUGAUCAAAAGGUUCUUGGAUUACAUUAUAUUGGACCUGUAGCAGGUGAAGUAAUACAAGGAUUUGCAGCGGCUGUUAAAUCUGGUCUAACCAUGAAAAUUCUCUUAAAUACUGUUGGUAUACAUCCAACUACUGCUGAAGAAUUCACUAGACUUUCCAUAACUAAACGUUCAGGAUUGGAUCCCACACCAGCCACUUGCUGCAGUUAAACUUUUAAAACUUUUUAAUUUAUUGUAAUCAUUCAAAUACUUAAACAUCCGCGCUCAGUAAAAACAAAAUUCAAACACCAACUUGUUAAACUAUGAAUAAUUGAUUUAUGCUUAUUGUAUUCUUACUCACAUAAAUUUCAUACAAAUUCAAUGAAUAUGAGUUUUUUAAACUCUUGAACUAUAAGAAGAUGCAUAGCAUUUUAAUUAUUAAUGUUUGAUGAAAAAUAUAAUUUUUCAAUAUUACAC